UCGAGAUUUCCUAGGUUGCAAGGUUCUAAGGUUGGCACUAUUGCGUGCCCAACCCACCGUUCGGCCGCCACGUGGUCGUCUUCCGAAGCCGAGGCGUAACGGAAACUUCCAAGGUUCUAUAUUAUAAAGUUGCAGGUGGCAUUGCAACUCGAUCCGAUCCCUACAGGUGCCCUGGCACAAGUACGACCAUGAGUUGCGAAUCAUAGAUACCUUCAUCAAAAGCCUCCAGCAAUUCUCUCAAGCUCAGGUCAUGUACGCUGCGGGUUGUAUAGAUCACCACGAAAAAUGACGACUCCUGAGUCUGCUGUGUCCCUGUUAGCUUUCUUCGAGGCUCACGAUUCGAUACAAUAUGUGCGGUGUCAGUGGCUAGACUAUGCUGGGAUACUACGCGCUCGCAUAUUGACCAAACGGCAUUGUCUUCAGCUGGCUCGUGCUGGUAAACCAAUUCGAAAUGGAGCUCCUGGUCUGUCGUCCCUUCCUGACAAUUCGGUUGCAUCGUUCACAGAACACAUUUAUGAUCACCACAUCUGCCCCGACUGGGCCUCUCUUCGACCUCUAUGUCUGGGUGGAUCGGCUCCGCGAUAUGCAAUGGUCAUGUGCUAUGUCGUUGAUCCCUCCGCGGCCCCAUCGGAGCAACAUACCGACUUGUGCCCUCGUCGGGCCCUCCAGAACGUCCUCGAGGCAUCCCAGACUUCAACGUUAGGAAGAAUCUUGAUCGGAUUUGAAAUUGAGUUCCACGUUCUGAAAGCGACCGGUGCAGACAUUGCGCCUGCGAUCGAAUUGCCUCUGGGCCACUACUCCGCCGGGGGGUUGCGUGAUCCUACGUUCGGCUGCGUGGAGGAGGCAUUGGACAAUCUGAACAACUCGUCCAUCCAAUUUCAGCAGUUUCACGUGGAGGGUAGCACCGGACAAUACGAGAUAGUACUCGAUCCCCUGCCACCGAUGCAAGCCAUCGACGAACUUGUCAUGGCUCAAGAUAUCAUCCGCUCUACAUUCUCAAGGCAUGGAUAUGUGGCAACGAUGUUGCCGAAGCCAAUCGCUAGUCUCGAUGGAAGCGGCUCGCACGUUCAUAUUUCGAUCAGUGAAGUAGAGCAUCAUGACUGCUUCUCUGCAGGUAUGCUCAAACAUCUGCCAGCGCUCUGCGCCAUAACACUUCCGAUGUCAUCGUCGUACGAGCGGCUCAAAACCUACGAGGCUGGCCAAUUUGUUUGCUGGGGUACCAACAAUCGCCUGGCUCCUAUCCGCCUGAUAGAGAAAGGCCACUGGGAGUACCGCUGUGCAGAUGCGACAAUGAAUUAUUAUCUGGCAUUGGCCACCAUCAUAGCAGCCGGGGCCUCAGGCGUUGUGAAUCAAACCCCAUUGCUCUUGAAAGAUAUCUCGGGCAUGGAAAAGUCGGCAAUCGGCGCCAGCCACAUGCCUCUUCCAUUAGACUUCGAGGCGUCGCUUACCGCACUCCGAGCAUCACUGUCUCUCUGGAAUGAAUUAUUGGGAAGCGCUGUGGUCCAGAAAUAUCUCCGAUAUAAGGAGCACGAGUUUGAGACGAUGGAGAAGCAAGACUCGGCGCUCGCUCAAUGCCUGUGGAAAUGGUACUGAUAUUUCACGUGGCCCUUUCUGGAUCAAGAGGCAUUAGAUAUUUAGUCGACGUCCCGCGUUGUUUGGGCAGCUCUAUCAUUCAAAACGAUACGAGCGCUGUCCCCUGUAGCUGUUCGUACCUCUCGACUCGCUACUGUACAAACUCCUUUGUCGUUAGUGCGAUAGUAAUCCAGUCAGCGAAAGCGGUUUUGAUGGGAUCCGUGAAUGCUUCCCAGGCAUUGGGAGGGUGUUGCUUCUAAGCAGGAAUCCAUCCGCUGCGUGCUUGCUUGCUGCCUCAGGUACGCGUUUCAUCCUUCUGUGCCAGAUCUGCCAGAAAUUAUAUCGAGAGGCGGAUGCCCGUCUAUCUGCGUCAGUGCCUGUCG